GGAGAGCGCGGGCGACGCCCUGGGCUGCGCCGUGGCCCACCGCAAGAUCGGAGAGCGUCUGGCGGAGAUGCAGGAUUACGAGGCUGCCCUGCAGCAUCAGCACCGCUACCUGGAGCUGGCGGGUUCCCUGUCCAACCACACUGAGCUGCAGAGGGCCUGGGCCACCAUUGGCCGCACCCACUUGGAUAUCUAUGACCACUGCCAGUCGAGGGAAGCCUUGCUGCAGGCGCAGGCUGCUUUUGAAAAGAGUUUGACUAUCGUGGAUGAGAAGCUGGAGGGGACACUGGCCCAGCGAGAGCUGAGUGAGAUGAGGACCCGGCUGUACCUCAACCUGGGCCUUACCUUUGAGAGCCUGCAGCAGAUGGCCUUGUGCAACAACUACUUUAAGAAGAGCAUCUUCCUCGCUGAGCAGAACCACCUCUAUGAGGAUCUGUUCCGUGCCCGCUACAACCUGGGCACCAUCCAUUGGCGUGGAGGGCAGCACUCUCAGGCCAUUCGCUGCCUGGAGGGGGCCCGGGAGUGCGCGCGCAUCAUGAAGAAACGGUUCCUGGAGAGCGAGUGCUGUGUGGUGGUCUCGCAGGUCCUCCAAGACCUAGGGGAUUUUUCAGCUGCCAAACGAGCCCUGAAGAAGGCCUACAGGCUGGGCUCCCAGAAGCCUUCGCAGAGGGCUGCAGUCUGCCAGAACCUCAAGCAUGUGUUGGCAGUGGUCUGGCUGCAGCAGCAGCUGGAGGAGGCUGAGGGCAGUGACCCUCAGGGCGCCAUGGCCAUCUGUGAGCAGCUGGGGGACCUGUUCUCUAAGGCUGGUGACUUCCCCAAGGCGGCUGAGGCUUACCAGAAGCAGCUGUGCUUUGCAGAGCUGCUGAACAGACCAGGGCCUGAACUGGCCAUCAUUCAUGUGUCCCUGGCCACCACACUGGGAGACAUGAAGGACCACCGCCGGGCCGUGCACCACUAUGAAGAGGAACUGAGACUGUGCAGCGGUGGUGCCCUGGAGGAGGCCAAGACCUGGUUCAACAUUGCACUGUCCCGUGAGGAGGCUGGCGAUGCCUAUGAACUACUGGCAUCAUGUUUCCAGAAGGCUCUCAGCUGUGCCCAGCAGGCCCAGCAGCCCCUGCUGCAGAGGCAGGUCUUGCAGCACCUCCAUGCUGUGCAGCUGAGGCUGCAGCCUGAAGAGGCCCCUGGCACUGAAACCAAACUGCGGGAGCUAAGUGUGGCCGAAGAUGAGGAGGAGGAGGAGGCAGAGGCAGAGGCGGCAGCAGCAGCAGCCAGUGAGGCCCUGGAGGCCAGCGAGGUGGAGCUCUCAGAGAGUGGGGAGGACGCAGACAGCCCAUCCCAUCGCGUCGAGGACGAGGAGCUGCGGGGCUGCCUGGGGCGGCGGAAGAUGAACAAGUGGAACCGGCGGAACGACCUGGGGGAGACCCUGCUGCACCGAGCCUGCAUUGAAGGGCGGCUGCGCCGUGUCCAGGACCUUGUGCAGCAGGGCCACCCCCUGAACCCUCGGGACUACUGUGGCUGGACGCCCUUGCAUGAGGCCUGCAACUAUGGGCAUCUGGAGAUCGUCCGUUUCCUGCUGGACCAGGGAGCUGCGGUGGAUGACCCAGGUGGCCAGGGCUGCGAGGGCAUCACCCCCCUGCAUGAUGCCCUCAACUGUGGCCACUUUGAGGUGGCUGAGCUGCUCAUUGAGCGGGGGGCAUCCGUCACUCUACGGACUAGGAAGGGCCACAGCCCGCUGGAGACACUGCAGCAGUGGGUGAAGCUAUACUUCAGGGACCUGGACUGUGAAACGCGACAGAAGGCUGGAGCCAUGGAAAGGCUGCUCCAGGCGGCUGCCUCAGGUCCAGCUCUGCAGAACUGCCAGGCUCCCCGGGCUGUCCCCAGUAGUCUCCUGUUUGACCCUGAGACCUCUCCUCCCUCGAGCCCGUGCCGAGAGCCCGGCUCUCACACCCCCACACCCCCAGAGUCCUCUCAGGCCCGAGCCAGGGUCUCCUCAGGGCAGGCGGUGGCUCGGCCUCGCAGGGGCAGGCACAGGCCAGGCAGUAGCAGCAGCAGCAGCAGCAGCAGCUCAGAGAGUGAGGGCAGCAUGAGCGCCCCCCGGCCGCGCCACAAGAGACCUCGGCGCUCUGCCCCCGCCCAGCAGGCUGAGGCCCGGAAGCCUGGCCCUACCAGCAGCAGGGUAGCAGCCACAGCAAGUGCCAGCCAGGCGGCCUACCGGGCAGCCAUCCGAGGCGUGGGCAGUGCCCAGAGCCGCCACCCCGGGCCCAGCCCACUUCAGGGCUUGCGCGAAGCCCCUGCCCCGCAGGCAGCGCUCAUCCCAGAGGAGGAGUGCCUGGUGGGUGACUGGCUGGAGCUCGAUGCACCCCUGACCCGCAGCCGCCAGGACAGCUGCCAGCCCCGGCCCCAGGGCUGUAGGGACAGGCCCAGUGGCUCAGGGUCCGACACUGAGGAGCGUCCCGUCGGGUCCCAGGCCUGGGCCCGGCAGACCCGCCUGACCCAUCUUGAGAGUUGGAGCACGCUGGCCAGAGCAGGAGACAGCAGCCUGGCAGCAGAGCCCCCAGGGAGGCCCAGCGGGGAGAAUCCCGUGGCAGGCCAGCCCUCGGCUCCAGUCCUGCCUCCUCCGAUCCGGGUUCGGGUUCGAGUGCAGGAUAACCUUUUCCUCAUCCCUGUUCCACACAGCAGCGAGGCCCAUGCCGUGGCCUGGCUGGCCAAGCAGGCUGCCCAGCGCUACUACCAGUCUUGUGGGCUGCUGCCGAAGCUCACUCUGCGGAAGGAGGGGGCGCUGCUGGCCCCCCAGGACCCCAUCCCUGAUGUGCUACAGAGCAAUGAUGAGGUGUUGGCUGAAGUAACUUCGUGGGACCUCCCCCCGUUGACUGAGCGCUACCGCAGGGCUUGCCAGAGCCUGGGGCAAGGGGAGCACCAAAAGGUGCUGCAGGCUGUGGAUCGCCAGGGCAUGGGCCCCUCGUUCAGCGCCUGCCGCCUGGCCCUGCACCAGGCCCAGCUCACACCCCUGCUGCGGGCACUCAAGCUACACACGGCACUUCGGGAGCUGCGCCUAGCAGGGAACCGACUAGGGGAUGGAUGUGCUGCCGAGCUGCUGGCUGCCCUGGGUACCAUGCCCAACCUGGUCCUCCUCGACCUCUCCUCCAAUCACCUGGGCUCUGAAGGCCUGCGCCAGCUGGCCACAGGCCUCCCAGGCCAAGCCACUUUGCAGAACUUAGAAGAGCUGGACUUAAGCAUGAACCCCCUGGGGGACAGCUGUGGCCAGGCCCUGGCCUCUCUCCUGCGGGCCUGCCCCUCGCUUAGCACUCUGCGCCUGCAGGCAUGUGGCUUUGGCCCCAGCUUCUUCCUGAGCCACCAAGUGGCCCUGGGUAGCGCCUUCCAAGAUGCUGAGCACCUGAAGACCCUGUCCCUGUCCUACAACACUCUGGGCACCCCCACGGUGGCCAGGGCCCUGCAGAGCCUGCCUGCUCCUACUCUCCUACACCUAGAGCUCGCCUCUGUGGCAGCUGGCAAGAGUGACUCUGGCCUCAUGGAGCCCGUGGUCGGAUACCUGACCAAGGAAGGCUGUGCUCUGACCCACCUGACCCUGUCUGCAAACCACUUGGGUGACAAGGCAGUGAGAGACCUGAGCAGAUGUCUCCCUCUCUGUCCUUCACUCAUCUCACUGGACCUGUCAGCCAACCCUGAGAUCAGCCGCACCAGCCUGGAGGAGCUCCUGUCCACCCUCCAGGAGCGGCCACAAGGCCUCAGCUUCCUUGGCUUGUCAGGCUGCACCAUCCAGGGCCCCUUGGACCGGGACCUCUGGGACAGGAUCACCACGCAGCUGCGGGAGCUGCAGCUGUGCAGCAGACGCCUGUGCGCCGAGGAUCGCGACGCCCCGCACCCGCGGCUGCCCGGCCAGCCUGGCCCCGGCGAGUGCACGCUGCACCGGGGCCCCAGGCUCUUCUUCCGGCGCCUCUGACCACGGCGCUGCCCCCCACUCCACCCCACCCCAAGCCCUUAAUAAACGAAGCUGCUGCCUCCA